UCGGUUUGGGCGGCGGGCGGGAAGGGAAGGCAAGGCAAGGCAGGCGGAGCAGGGAAGGGAGCGGGAGGCGGCGGCGGCGCCGCGCUCGCCCCGCUGCCCUGGAUGACGGGCGGCCGGUUCGACUUCGACGAUGGCGGCACCUACUGCGGCGGCUGGGAGGACGGGAAAGCCCACGGGCACGGCAUUUGCACCGGGCCCAAGGGGCAGGGCGAGUAUGCCGGCUCCUGGUCCCACGGCUUCGAGGUGGCGGGCGGCUACACCUGGCCCAGCGGCAACACCUACCUGGGCUACUGGGCGCAGGGCAAGCGCCACGGGCUGGGCGUGGAGACGAAGGGCAGGUGGAUGUACCGCGGCGAGUGGUCUCACGGUUUCAAGGGGCGCUACGGGGUGCGGCAGAGCCUCAGCACGCCGGCCCGCUACGAGGGCACCUGGAGCAACGGGCUGCAGGACGGAUACGGCGUGGAGACCUACGGGGACGGAGGUACCUACCAGGGGCAGUGGACAGGAGGGAUGAGACAUGGAUAUGGUGUACGUCAGAGUGUACCCUAUGGCAUGGCCACUGUGAUCCGUUCACCUCUCCGAACAUCUCUGGCGUCACUUCGAAGUGAGCAGAGCAAUGGCACUGUUCUGCAUGACGUCACUUCAGACAGUCCAGCUGGAACAAGAGGAGGAUUUGUGCUCAAUUUUCACAGUGAUCCAGAAGCCAUGGGCAUUAAGAAAAAAGGAGGCUUAUUCAGAAGAGGAUCCCUUCUUGGUAGUAUAAAACUUAGAAAAUCAGAGUCUAGGUCAUCGAUAUCUAGCAAACGGAGCUCUGUAAGGAGCGAUGCUGCUAUGAGCAGGAUUAGUUCUAGUGACGCCAACUCUACAAUUAGUUUUGGAGAUGGUGACUGUGAUUAUAGCCCUCUGGAAGACCACGUAGAUGCUACCACUACAGAAGCCUACAUGGGUGAAUGGAAGAACGACAAGCGCAGCGGUUUUGGUAUCAGUGAGCGAUCAAAUGGUAUGAAAUACGAAGGAGAGUGGCUGAAUAACAGGAGGCAUGGAUAUGGAUGUACCAUGUUUCCAGAUGGCACCAAAGAAGAGGGAAAGUACAAAAAUAACAUUUUGGUCCGUGGAAUAAGAAAGCAACUUAUACCAAUACGAAACACAAAAACUAGAGAAAAGGUGGAUAGAGCAAUAGAGGGUGCACAGCGAGCAGCUGCCAUGGCAAGAACCAAAGUGGAAAUUGCAACCUCAAGAACCGCACACGCAAGAGCUAAAGCUGAUGCUGCGGAUCAGGCUGCUCAGGCUGCUCGCCAGGAAUGUGAUAUUGCAAGAGCGGUUGCCAGAGAACUUUCACCAAAUUUCUACCAACCAGGCCCUGAUUAUAUCAAACAAAAAUUUCAAGAAGGAAUGGAUGCAAAAGAAAAAUCUGAAGAAAAAGGUCAGGAGAAACCACCCUCCCCAAAAGAGUCACCUCACUUUUAUCGAAAAGGUACUACACCCCCUCGAACCCCAGAAGCAAGCCCAAGAAAUAGUCCUCCUCUCUCUUCUGAGACUUCUCCUUCAAAACAGCUGAAAAGGCAAAGCUCCACUUCUGGGGCAAGACUCAGUCAAGAGAAAAAGCUUUUAGCAACUGAGAAUAUAACACCCACAACUAACAAGCCUUUAUAUUCAAAAGCACCAGUGAAGGAGGAAGCAGCUGGGAAACACCAGCCAAAGUUCUCAGCCCAGCACAAUGCCAGCAGCACAGAGAAUGGGGAGCUGCAUGGUCACUACCAUGGCUAUUAUGUAAAAACGAAUCCAACAGCGCUUCCACAGGAGCUCAGGGAAGAAGAUGAGUAUGCCAACCCUUCACCAUCAACACUUGCACGGAUACCACCCUCUCAGAAGCCAAGUCCUGCUAGAUCUGGGGGUAGGCCAGAUGCCAAAGAAAACAAGCCUGAAAUAAAAAUUAAGAAACCAGAAUUUGCUGCACCAAAGAACCCAGCUAAUAAUGAAUCCCAUUCAGCAAUGGAGAAAGAAGUAGGAAACAGUUCGGUAAGUACUACAAGAAACAUUUUCACUUUCACUGCCCUUGUGCCUCCAAGUGCUGACCUUUGCAAUCUAAGCACUGUCAAAUCUUCAUCUAGAUACAGUCUGCUAGCUAACACACACUUCAUCUGGAGUGAGGAAGAAAUAUUCCAGCCUGGAAUGAGCAAAGGAGUUUUUAAAAUACCCUUUCAGAUCAGUGUGACUCUUAAUUUCAUUAUUAUUUAAAAAUAAUAAAAUUAUAAAUAGCUACGCAGAAAAGGAGCGAUGACUAAUAGCAUUUCUUUUUCAUGUUAAAAGAAAAGCCAGGGUAUGAAAUUCAGAAUCUCUGAUCAUGUUUCUGUGAUUUUUGGGCCAAGAGAAACUCAGGAAAGCAUUAGCUUUGCAUACUAAAGUUAGCCUUUAGUGAAUGAAGAGUUCUAGAUAAUAGUCAUAGUGUUUCUCUUUUAUAAGCAUUGUUUCUUUGAGUCAUUUUUGGUGCUACUCUACAGAACAAACAGUGUGUCAUUAUUGAUGGGAUAAACAGAAUGACCCAUCUAAAGUGAUCCAGAUAGCCUAGUACCAAUUGCAUGCAAAACACUUCAAUAAUUGACAUCAGACUUCAUUAAUAAUAAAUCCAGAUAAUAAAGAGGGGGAGUAAUUUCCCACCAACAUGAAUUGGAAGUGAUCUUGUCAAACAAGUUUGGCAUCUUCAGGUGUGGCAGAAGAAUCAUCGUCUCAAUCAAGAAGGUCACUUGAUUUGCUUUUACAUGGUCAUGUAUUCUGACAGGGAAAACAGAGUAAUGCAAAGGCUAAAUGUCGCAUAAAAAGAAUUUUUUUUAAACUGACUGAUGGUUCUCAAAAAGUAAUUAGAAAACUAUCCAUUAUUUGAUAUUAUUCUGGUGAGGUCAUUCUUACAUUAAUUCUGUUACUCUGAUCACAUUCUUGUAAAUGACAUACAAGAGGGCGUGAGAAUAUUGUCCGUGAAGUUUAUAGAAGACACAGAGACCAGGAGAGUGGUCUAUAAUGAAGGCAAAUACAAGCUCAUGCAAAUCAAACGCUGGGAAGGCUGAAACUAUAAUUAUCCAUGGCAGCACAGCAAAAUAUAAUAUUGUAUAUGAAAGACAAUUUAUAGGGCCUUGCACUGCAGGAUCAGAACUGGAAAAGGUUGGUGGAUCAGGAGCAAGAGAGGCAACUGAACAUGAGCUCCCAGUCUGCUGCUGUUGUUCAGAGAUGCUAAUAUAAUCCUUAGAUUUAUCAACAGAAAAGAUUAAGCAAGAGUACAUGGGAGUCUGUUCUAUCUGCUUUUGGCACAGGUGCAACCACUUCUGGGAUAAAAUAGUGUCUGUAAAUCAGGGAUUUAAAAUGAAAAAAAACCUUGAGGGGAAGUCACACAAAAUGCUGCAAGAAUGAUUAAAACGUGUCUUACAAUGAAAAAUUCAAGGCACAAAAAACCCCUGAUGUACUAAAUCACUUUCUGUAAGUGUGUUUUGUAAAACAGUUUCCCAGGCUAACAAGCAAAUGUGUCAGAAGAUCCAACAGCUAGAAAGAUUCAGAUAAAAGUCUUGUUUUAAGUUGAUUUUAAGGGUCUUGAUUAAAUGUGCCAUCAGUUUUCAGAUGCCAGGGUUUUGGAGUCAUCACUGAGUGGUUUGAUAAUGAGCAUUUUGCCAAGAUGAUAUUCUCUAGUUCUGCUGGAAGCUUUUAUUCUGUUUUGUGCGGAUCAAAGUAAAUGUUCACAGAGGUUUUGUAAUCUGCAAAUCUGUAUUACAGCUGAUAUCAGCCCUUUAACCUUUCAAAUCUCACAGAUAUUACUCCUAUAUAGGGUAACACAAAGCUGACAGGCUUGUAAAUGUUGAGUGAGCAUGUACAAUUUUUAAGCUGAAUUGGAAUUGUUUUUUAGCUCUGGUGAAAGUAAGUCACUAGAAAUAGUUCUUAUUUUUCCUUUAUUCCAAAUAGUAUUUUGGAGCUGAGGGAGGCUUCAUCUUAACAAGUAAGCUAUCUGAACAGCAGUUUAUUGACCUUCUAGAAUAAUCAGGAUGAGGACCAUGAACCUACAGCCUGUUAUCACAAAAGGUGUAAAAAUGAUGAGAUAUUGUGCAUUAGCUACUGUUUGUUCACUGAUACUGCAGUGGUAUCUGGGAACUCCACUCUAAGUCACUCUACUUCACUUGUAGCAUCCUAAUUGCAUUAUUCUCAUUGCCAGCAUUCCAGUAUGGAAAGAAGGUAGAUUUUAGGAAUUCAUUUUUACUGUAACAGUAUCUUAAGAUGUACGUAGAUGUAUGUGGGUGUUUUUCAAAGAUUCUAGUCUUCUAUAUGUGUUUGUAAAUUUGCCCUUAUAGACUAAAUUUCCUACAUGCUUAUUUCUUCAAAAUGCUGAGAGUAAAAAUGCUAAACUGAUUAAAGCAAAAAAGAGUGGCCUACUGGCCCAGCAGUCUGAGGGAGAAACAGUACAGAAUGACUAUUAACUUUGCUGGAGACUUUUCGUUUUCAGCAUCACCUUUCAGCUUCAGAAAAACAGCAGCCUGUUCUGCAGGGCUCCUGGACUGAGCUCAACAGUGUGUUGGAAUUAAGCAGUGACUAAGUUAAGAGAGCACAGUUACUGAGGAGAAGCCAGAUUCAUGGAAUCAUAGAAUAGUUUGGGUUGGAAGGGACCUUGAAAGAUCAUCUAGCUUCACAACUCUUCUGCCAUGGGCAGGGACACCUUCUACUCUACCACGUUGUUCAGAGCCCCAUCCAGCCUUGUCUUGAACAUUUUCAGGGAUGUUUCUCUGGGCAACCUGUGCCAGUGUUUCACCACCAUCACAGUAAAGAAUUUCUUCAUAAUAUUUAAUCUAAACUUAAUCUUUUCUAGUUUAAAUCCCCUUUCCCUCUUCCUAAUUAAUGUACUUCUCCUUAUCCCAGAUGUUUCUGAAUGUUGAGAGACUUCAGAAUCCUAGAGUUGCAUUGGGGAAUUAUUUUAUUUCAGUAAGAAACUGUAAUUGCUUUUUAGUCAUUCUGACACAUGAUUUUGUUAUGCUUUGAAAGUAAGUCUGCCUUAGAUCCUCCAUAAAAGUUCUAAAAUAUAUUUGUUAAGGAAUAUAAAGAGAAAAGAACUCUCACUCUCAUGAAAAGAGAAUGAUAAAACAUGGUUUUGGAAUGCAAAAAAAUGAAUCUAUUAACAUUUAUCAAGCACUUUUGUUAGAUUAUCUGAAAGUGCUGUAUAAAAUUGUGCUGUGCUUUUUCCAGGUUUCCAAUGCUAAUGCAUUAAGAGCACAGAUACAGAAGGGAAGAUUUUCAGUUCUUCCUUCUCUGUGUCUAAAUCAAAGCCGUUUCUCAUACCUGAAUGAAACUUCAGCUUUCAUUUGGAUUAAGAACUUUAAAUGACUUUAUUUGCAGCAAAGCUUGUAGCAGCUUGUUUUAGUUUUCAAAUUCGUGUUUCAUAUUUUUUGUGAUUGUUACAUCCUCAAGAAUGUCUUUGAGUAUCAUCUGUGCAGUAAGUUGAGCAAGAACUUUAGGCUAAAUUUAAUGAACAUUCCUAAUGCAAUGGAAUUACAAGCCUAGUCUUUUAUUUCCUGGCACUACAUUUUAGGAAAAUAAUUUUCUUUCUUCCCCAAAUGAAAACUAAUCAUAUGGUUGCAUUUUGAACUACAUAAAUGUCUAACUUACAAGAAGCUGAAAGGGUAAAUUCAAGCAGGACUGAAGGUUUUCUACUGCAGCUUCUUUAGUGCACCUGUUCUAGUCACUCUAGGACUGUUCAAACUAAUUUUGGCUUUUGCUAUUUUUAGCCCUUGUGGGACACUAAAGUCUUACUUGUAGUAUUUGUCUUAAAGCAUUAAAUGCUUAUUUCAAAGGUGUCUCCAAAACCGGUGGUAGUUCAUUGCAUAAUACCUGUGUGCUUCAUAAGUGUUGUUUGAUCAUGUUUUAGUGUAUCAGGAAAUCCUGCUUUGGGCUGAAAGGUAUAGUUAUCAGAAGGUGAAAUAUAAUGCACAUAGCAGGCCAAAGAAUAUGAGCUUUACUUCUUUGUAUAAAGAGAUAAUCUUUAUGAUAUUUCAUUAUCAUAAAGAGAUAACAUAUUUUUCUAUGAUCUUCAUGUGAACUCAACAGGCCAGUUCUUAAGGUGUCACUUGCUUCUGUUUUGCAGAUGGUUCUUGAUUCAGAGCAUAGCCCCUGAGGUUUUUAGCCUAAUUUUUCUAAUUUUGUUGUAGUGAGAUUGUUACACCUAACCUAACUGACAGAUGCAUCAAAAGAGAAGUCACUUUCCCCUCCAACAAGCUUAAUUACCUGAGACUGUGCACUAAUGACACUGAGCUGCCAUUAGAGCUGCAGUGCCAAUUUGGCAAUCAGCAAAAAUCUGUCUUGCACCUACCAGGAUGCUGUUCCAUAAUGUAUUUCAGGUAAUUAACAAGUGCUUGGCUCCUCUGAAGACUUGUUAGGUUUCAAUUUUUUUUUUCAGUGUCAGUAAAUCAAUAUGAUUUUCAUCGAUGUUAUUUUCAAAUAUGCAAAGUACUAGAUGGCCAAAUCCUGAAAAAUUUUAAUGGUACUUGGCAACGAUCUUUACAGUUCCUUGCAAUUCCUGGAGCAGUAUAACUGUGAAAUCUUCAGGUGGCAUUCCAGCCUAUAAAGGGACCAUUGACCUGAUUUGAAUCACAUGGGCAAUCCCUAUUAGAAUCAUAGGAUUAUGGAACCAUAGAGUGUUUGGCUUGGAAGGGGUAUUUAAAGCUGUCUGGUUCCAACCCCUGUGCCAUGGGCACAGACACCUUCCACUAGACCAGGUUGCUCAAAACCCCGUCCAGCACUUCCAGUCAUGGGGCAACCACAGCUUCUCUGGGCAACCUGUUCCAGUGCCUAACACCAGAAAGAAAGGUGUUGAACUGACAUCUUAGUGGAAAUGAAUAGUGUAAUGAAAUCCCAUUUCUGUAGAGCAAGGCUGCUCACAGUGCUGUGGUAACCAUGUCUGGAGCUGUGCUUUGUUUUAUGCCUGUUCUCUGCCCCCAAGCGUCUCAUAUGCUUUGGCACAUGGUGAGUCACUUCCACUAAGGAGGAAGGAACAUGGUUCCACUUCUGUUCUGUGACCUGAUGGUUGAAACAUAUCACUGGUAAGUGGGAGCUUGUUAUUCAAAAUCACUUGGACUAAGGUGUCAUUAAACCUGGUCUUCAAUUUCCUGGUGAAUAUUUUAAACAUUCCACCAUUAAGCAAAAUGUGGGUGCUACUGCCAAUCCCAUUACCCCUAUGGCAUAAUUUAAUUGGCAUUCUGAUAAUCUCAGUCACUGUUUGAACUUGAACCUGUUCUUCUCAGCAUGUGAACAGACACCUCUGUGUUGAUGCAAAGGGAAUGUGAUGGCUGUUAUGGGUAGAGGUGCUGAUGAGGUUUAGGCUCACAAGAGAUUUAAGCAGUAUCUGACAUAAUGUGUUUUGUGACUUACUGAACAUCUGGCCUGCCAUCUAAACCACUGUGUAAAGCUGUGUUCUGACUGGAGGUGUUCAAUGAGACUGUUUCAGGAGACCAUGUGAUAUAAUAAUGACACAAGUACUAUUCCAUAGCUUCCCACUUACACUGUUGCAGCAAAUUACUAACAGUAAGUUCUUACAUGUUAGCAUUCCAGAAAUUAUAUAGUUGAUGUUAGCAUUAUGUAGUUAUGAAGCAUAAUGAACUUCUCCGAGGCAUGCCUCAUGUGAAAAGUGAAAACACUGUAUCAUUUCUCGUUCAAUAUAUACCUUCUUCUGCAAGCCAGUGAUUCUUCUGUAGCUCACAAGACAGUUUUCUGCUCAGAUUUUCUAGUGGGCUUCAUGAUUUGUGAUUUAGGAAAGUAUUGUCUAAAUGAAAAGUUUCUGCUUACAGUGCAACUGUAAAAUAAAAGAGUAUUAAAAUCUUUGUAAAAUCAUGAUGUAAUAAACCAAAUAUGUUAAGGGCAGAAGAGAAUUGAGUAUUUUCAUCUGUUGGGACAUAUUUUCAAGUUGAUCAUUAGAAAGCAUCCAUUAAAAAAAUAAAAAAUAUUCAAAAUUGCUAAAAGUAAUUAAAAAACAUUCUCUGGCUUCACAGAAAUAUUAAAAUGGUGUAAUGAUUUAAACUUUCUAACUAAUUUUAGCUCUAGCUAGGAAUGGAAGGAGUUUUUUGACUUUUCAAUUGUUCAAUGCAUAAGUCUUUAAGAGAAGUGUCUGAGUAAAUCCAAACAAGUUUAAUUUUGCAGCUGCAAAGUGCAUUUUAAUCUGUAAUGGAAACAGGUUUGUUAGUGCAAUGGUAAGUAAAUUUUCUUUUCUAUUUGGGUUAUCAAAGAAGUGUAUUCUUUUUAUAAAGCCUCUUUGUUAUGUCUGUUUUAAAAUGGAUUGGAACUGAAAAAGGAACCCUCUGUAAGGAUGAAAAGCAGAACUCUGGCUUUCCUAAAGUAGUUCACAUUCUUUGGUUUGCUUUAUUUUAAACUGACUUUUUUCUUUUGUGUUGAUGGGUUUGUUUUCAUUUGUUGAUGCAGUUGUAUUAAUCUCAGUGUGAUUAAGAACAGAGAAGUAAUGUACUGUCACCUGUAUUUAUCCAGCUCAUUUUCACACAGGUGAUAUUUAUCUUACCUGAAUAUCAAGGGUAGUGGCUGUGUUUCAGCAGUAGGGUCUGUUUCCUUCACAGUCAGGUCAAAACCUAUAGAAAUUGUGAAGUCAGCUCUUGUUCAUUGCUGUGCCUGUGUGGGAGGUUGCAUUAAUUCUAAUAUCUUUAUUUUAUUUUCAGGGCCCUAACUCAGUCAUGAUCGCCCUGGUAAUGCUGUUGAAUAUUGGUUUAGCCAUUCUUUUUGUCCAUUUUCUAACUUGAUUGGAAUUAGGAAAGGUAAGAAAGGUCUCGCUUUCAUAUAAAAUAUCCGUAUCCA